AUGGAUAUGACUACGCUUAAACGAAAGAAAGGUCAGUUUGCACGGUUGUGUGUGGAACUGGAUUUGAGUGCACCGCUUCGGUCGUUGAUCCUCAUAAAUGGCAAGGCAAAGAGGGUGCAGUACGAAGAACGUCACAAACGUGCAAAGCCAAUGCUUGGGGGGGAGAUGGCCGAGGAGUUGGCGAAGAAGGAUGGGGGCCGAGGUGCCAUGGAGGAAGGUCAGCAGGGCGAAAACCUAUCAGAAGAGGUGGCAGGAAAGAUCUACGACAAUUGGAUGGUGGUGCAGCGACCGCGACGGCCGACGCGGUUCGCUCAUCGGAUGGUGACCCUUAAUGAAGGUAGGCGGGAUUCUAGGCUGCAAGGAGGGAGUGGUUCUCGCUUCCAGGCAUUGAAUGUGGAGCAGAAUAAGGGAGUUAAUGGUGGAUCCCAACAAGUUAGCGAGAAAAGUCCGCUCGGGAAUAUUUCGAAUCUGGUUCCUAAUAUACCAUUCCAAAGACAAGGCUUAGAAAAGGGCUUGUCAGGUGGGCUGAAUAAAGGGAAGAUGAGUGGGCCAAUGAGAAAGUCUAUGGGAAACGAGAUCAAAGCUAAAGAAGUGAAUAACAAGGGAGAACGUAGUAAUGGUAGGUCCAAGUCUCAGGAAGUGGAGUCGAGUGACAUAGACAUCCUCAUGCGGGCAAAGGAGAGGUUGGGCUUGGAGAACGAAGUUAAGAGGGAGGGAGAGCAAGAAAAUGGAAUGGACCUACCGGUAAGAAAAAUAAUAGAAGGGGAGUCUAGUGAAUCAAGAAACGGGAACACUCGGACCCCAAAACCUGGUGGUACCGUAAUGGUAGAAGACGUAGAAACAGCAGGGAACCCGAUAGAUCCUGGUGCAAUGCAGGCGGGGAAUUUCUUCGUUCACUCAAACCUGUUGUCGGCCGACCAAAGUGUGUGGAAUUCAAGAGGUGUUGGAGGGAAGGCCUUUCCGAGGCUCCUCAAUGAAUUGCCCAGGAAGUAUGAUGCGAAGUUUAUAGCUAUACUAGAACCAAGGCAGGGGAGAGCAAAAGCAGAGUCUCUGGCACGUCGAAUGGGCAAAACAAGUGCUUGGGAUCUUUCUAUAGUCUAUGGUCACCCGAAUAGGAUCAAGCGGCGCUCCCUUUGGGAAGAACUUCAGCACAUACAUGCUACUGGUGUUGGAAAAUGGUGUGUGGCUGGAGACUUCAAUGCCACGUUGCGGGGCAAUGAACGAGUACCUACGAACAAAGGCUUGAAUGGUGCUGACAAAUCCUUUGUUGAUUGGGUUCGAGGUUGUUAUUUAAAUGAAGUUGACUUCCAAGGUCCACGUUUCACAUGGAGCAGGGGGAACUCGUACAGCAGAAUAGAUCGCGUUCUUGCUAACUCUGAGUGGUUUGAGACCUUUAUUGACGCUUCGGUCUUGCACCUGCCCAAAUUAAAAUCUGACCACUGCCCUCUACUGGUAAAAAUGAACAGACAACGCAGAAGUAGGGGCAAGACAAACCACUUUCGCUUCUUUGCCCCCUGGGUUACCCAUGAGGGCUUUAAUGAUGUUGUGAAAAAUGCCUGGAGAAGCUCCAAUAGCUGGGAAGCUAACGUGGGAAACUUUAAAGAAGACGUGCUGGAGUGGAAUCGUUCAGUGUUCGGAAAUAUUAAUAGAAGGAAGGCAGGGUUACUAGCGAAACUAGAUCGGCUAAAUAAGAUGCUAAAAGCACCCUUUUGGAGCGAAAACGGCAGGAAACUUGGGAAGAUUUAG